GAGGCCUAGUACAUGUACCACCACGUGGGAUCUCUUCGUUUCUUAUCUUUCACGAGUUGGCUUAUAUUACUGUAUUUUACCUUUACUUUCUCACUCCAGGUUAACCUCAUAAAGGACACAAUUCCACGAUGAAGUCCGCCGUAUGCUGCAUAGUGUUCGCCUUUCUCGGAAGCUCUUACGCUUUUCUUCUUGGAGGCCCAGCCCACGCGUCCUGCAAGGUUGACUGGACUUUUGGAACUUCUUGUGAUGACGUAAAGACAAAGAUUAAGGCUCAGAUUGCGGCGUGGACGUCAGCAGAUGGCUGCGCCAGCGGAGGAGAGAAGUGCCUGUACACGUUCAAAAGCGAUAACAGCAACACUCUGACUGCCACCCACACCACCCCCGUCCACCAUUACGUGGAUGACCUGACCUUCACCUUUACUCCCACCGACGCUUCUUCUUGCAAAGUUCAUGGAUAUUCUACUUCGGAGACCUGGUACGCUCACCUCGACUCCAGCACAAAUUACUGUAAUCUCCGCAACCUUAUCACAGGUUCUGCCUUGCACCAGGUGUCAGGAUUCGCCGAGACUACCUCAGACAAGAUCUGUACUCAAUUCUCCAGCGCCAACUGUGAAAAAUACUAAUAUGUACAAUGUCCUAAUGUUUUGAAUAAAUCAUAUAUACCAGAAA